UGUGCAGGUGAUUGACAGGUGAGAGAAGUGACGCAUUGGGACGGACCACGAGAGCAAACUGAAGAUAUAGACUGGAUUAUUUCAUCAACCAACCGGCACAGGUAUGGAUGUGAGAGGUCGAAAGGAAUAUUAAGGACAUCUAUGGAGCUGUGUGGUCCCAACAUGAGUGAGAGUGGAGGCUCGCUGUGCCAGGUGAAGCAGCUUCCCCGCCACAGUGUCCCCCUUUGUCGCCUGCAGGCCAGCAGUGGACACCACAUGCAUGACCUCCCCCACCUCACCCACCAGCCGUGGGUCAACCACCCGGUUCCUACCGUCGCCUCCAGCCCAGCCAUCCGCCACAGGGUAAAGGGAGCCGUGAUGGCCGGCGGCGGCAGCAGCCAGGAGUGUGCGGCCUCCAGACUGGGAGAAGAGGCGGCACUGGCCCGAGGCAUCUCCACGGGGAAGGUGUUGGUGACAGGAGGAGGGGGAUACUUUGGGUCCAAGCUGGGGAGAGAACUAGCCACUCAGGGGAUGUCAGUGAUCCUUAUGGACAUAAACAAGCCUCCCUGUGAUUUCCCUGAUGGAGUGAUCUUCUAUCAGAGUGACAUCCGGGACUAUUCCUCCCUCUAUAAGGUGUGUGAAGGGGUCGACUGUAUAUUCCACACGGCGUCUUACGGCAUGUCCGGACCAGAACAGCUGAGGAAAGAGCAGGUGGAGUCAGUCAAUGUUGGAGGGACCAAAAAUGUCAUAAACGUGUGUAAGGAGAGGAGCAUCCCCAGGCUGGUGUAUACCAGUACCAUCAAUGCGGUGUUUACUGGGAAACCAAUUGAGGAGUGCGAUGAGGCCUCAAUGCCGUGUGUGCCCCCCGACGUACACAUCGACCACUACUCCAGAACUAAAGCGAUUGCAGAGCAGAUGGUCCUCUCUGCCAAUGGAUGCUCCCUGAAAGGGGGAGGCCAGCUUCGGACCUGCGUCCUGCGGCCCUCCGGCAUCUACGGCCCAGACGAGAGGAGACACCUUCACAGAGUGAUGGUGAAUGUGGAGCGACGGUUGUUUGUUUUCAGGUUUGGUGACCCCAAGGCCAGGAUGAACUGGGUACACGUAGAUAACCUGGUGUUGGCACACACGCUGGCAGCCGAGGGCCUCACACUGCAGAGGAGCUAUGUCUCUAGUGGACAGUCCUAUUUCAUUAAUGAUGGAGUUUCAGUCAAUGUAUUUGAGUGGUUGAGGCCGUUGUUUGAAAAUCUGGGCUACAGCCGACCGCUGAUAACCCUUCCUGUUUCAGUCGUCUAUUUAGCAGCCAACUUGGUAGAAUAUUUACACGUAAUUCUGAGACCUGCGAUAGAAGUGCCUCUCCUAUUUACCCAAAGUGAGGUGAGGAGCAUAGCUGUGAGCCACACUUUCAAGAUCGACAAGGCCCGUCGAGAGCUGGGUUACUGUCCGAAGUCCUACAGCCUGGUGGACUGUGUGGAGCAGUACCUGAAGACAAGACCGCCUCGCUCCAGCCGGCCUCUUUCCAACCUCUCCUGGACCCCCAAGCUGCCCCGAUACCUCGUCCUGCUGCUGCUGAUGGGUCUCGGCCUGAUGCUGCUGAUGCUAUCCUGCAUACUGUCCUAGAAUGAAACAUUUUUUCUCUGUGAAAUACUGCCCAGCUGCACAAUAAAUCUUCAUCUACAUGUGAUUUAUUAAUGAAACUCACCAGAUGCAAUAAAAUACACCCUAAGAAUUAGUCUUCAGGACGUCAGGUUGUGUAAUUUCUCUGCUUAAUUUUUCGGCGACGGUCAUUUCUUCCACAUUUUUUUGACGUUGGUAGGCUAUAUUUGUGUGUCUGAUUGCAAAAGGAAGAAACUACCAGGCUGCUGAAAAGUAUUAAACCUGAGUUGUGUGAAUGUUCUUGUUUUCUCUACAGUUUGAAGGUUACUAUGAUUUCAUUAAAAGGAAAAGAAAUAUCUAACUUUGUAUUACAAAUAUUUCAUUGAUUGCAUUUACCUCCAGCUUCUAUGGUAAAUAUUUGUUGUGAUUUACACAUCUUUAGAGUUUAAUUAGUAUUUAAUUAGUAAUUUUGUACUCUUUUAGCAAUAAAAGCAUCAACAAUGAA